AUGUCAGACCCGGAGUCUUCGGUGGCGGCCUCGUCCUCACCCUCUCUUUCGGCCACCGACUCCAAUGUCCUCAACUACGCCUUCCUGGUGCAUUCCCAGAAAACCCUCACCCAAAACCUCCCUCCCCGUGUCGAUAACAAGCUUCUAGCACGCCAGAAGCGGCGUCGGACUAGCCCCGAGGAUCACGCGGUUCUCGAAGCUGAAUACCAGAAGAAUCCGAAACCGGACAAGGUUGCCCGAGCGAGUAUUGUCAGCCGCGUCUCGCUCGGCGAGAAAGAGGUUCAGAUCUGGUUCCAAAACCGCCGCCAGAACGACCGCCGCAAAUCCAAGCCACUCCAGCCGCACGAACUGCUCGCUCUUCGCUCGAGCAUGACCGACUCGUCUGCACAACCGGCCAGUGAUGAUAGCGCGUCGGCGGAGCCGUCCUCGAGUGGGGCCGAGCCAUCAUCAGACACGCAGGAUCUUCACGGGCCGCGGACCUCGAAACCAUGGGAUGGCGAGAUUUUGCAGUUCUCUGAUCGAUCUGACCCGGUGAGCGAGGAUAAAGAAGGGGAACCCGGAUUGCCUUCACAAAGUAGCCAGUCCACCGUCGCAACAGACGCUCUGGAGGACACACAAACAACGAUUCACGAGGACCUGGAGCAACCCGACCAGGACAUGGGGGACGGGUCUUCGCCACACCCGCCUAAGCGGAAACGCUCUGCGUCUGAUAUCCGUGGCGAGGGCGGAAACGAGCAGUCCAGCACAGAAAAAUCCCCGCCGUCGCUGCGGCUGUCUAUGUCAUUCGAUGGCGAGGCCAUGGUGCGCAAGGAGGGCGAGCUGACCCCCUCGCCGCCGAAAAGUCGCAACGCGUUGCGCAUUGCCAUGUCGUGUGAUGGCAAGGCCGUCAUCCGCGCAGAGGACGAACCCUCCCCUCCAAAAACCGCCAGCAGUGCCAUCUUCCCUACCUCAACCGAAAAAGACCGCGUGUUUGGCCGGUCCCGCGACCCGCGGAACUGGGAGUCGUUCUUUGACACGGACGCCCGCAGCGCUUUGUCGACCCCGACGAGCUCCCAACCUGGCCCGAAUGCCGCGUCUCCGGGCCUGUUUCAUUCACGUUCCCAGCGUUCUCUGAGCAGAAGUCUCUCAGGCAGACACAGUCUCUUGGCCCGUGCCGAGGCGACCACCACACCCAUCUCUCAAUCGAUAGGCGAGAAGCGGCGAAAACUCUCACGGACCGUCUCUUCCCUCGGACGGCUAGAGAACAGCCGCAACCGGGGUAUGGGUUUUGCCCCGAAGACGCCAUUCAAGCCCAUGUCGUCCAAGUUGAGCAGCAAGCCAGAUCUUCAGCUGGAUGAUGACGACGAUGAUGGUGAUUCAGACAAAGAGAACUGGAUUCCAGGCACUCGGACCUCGAACAUGCGUCGCAAGACAACCUCACACCCCUCCCGCCCUGUCCUCAAGGAAACCAACCGAAACCGAGGGUUGGGUAUUAUGACCAAUGGCAAGCGCAACAGGCCAUUCCCGAAUGGACUACAGAACAAGGCUCCCCCCGAACUCAGUGCAGACGUUUCAGCGUUUAUGAGUGGUGCAGGCGGUGCCAGUCAGGAAGAUGAUCUGGACUGUGUGCAGGGCCUGUUGUCGCUAAGCCAAGGGGCAUGGAGAUGA